UUUGAUAGAGGAUCGACGCGUCCCAUUUGGAACAGACGAUUAGGCGCUUACACACACGCACGCACGCACUCACACUCUUGCUAGCAGUCUGCCUCCUACGGACAUGUGCGCACCCCUAAGAAAGGAGCGCGUCGCGUGGAAAUCUGCCAUGUGGCUGAGGAUGAGAGCGUUUGCAUGAUCACCGAGUUACCGCCAUAUAAAUAGCGUUUCAUCAGGGGGUCACAGUAAACAGAAGAGGUUCUCUGCGAGGACAGUCCGUUCUCUCUCUCACACACACACACACGUGCAAGAGGAAUCUGUUCCCUCUCUCCCCCAAGAGACGAGCCAAGGCGGCUGCGUAGACGGCAAACCCCCAGGAUGGCGGAGCUGAAGUCGCGGAGCAGGGAGAGCAUCAACAAGGUGGAGAAGGAACUGGAGAAGAUCGAGGUGGCUAAUGCCACGCCUGAAGAAGUGACCGAGGCGGAAGCCAUGGCCCCCGAGGCCAGCAAGGACAAGGUGGAGCUGAAGAGGAGCAUCACUCUGUUCAAUGGCGUGGGGAUGAUCAUCGGCACUAUCAUCGGCUCUGGCAUCUUCAUCACGCCCACCGGGGUGGUGAAGGAGGUGGGCUCGGCCGGCCUGUCGCUGGUGGUCUGGACGGCCUGCGGCGUCAUCUCCACCAUGGGGGCCCUCUGCUACGCCGAGCUGGGCACCACCAUCGCCAAGUCAGGCGGAGACUACACCUACAUCCUGGAGGUCUACGGGGAGCUGGCCGCCUUCCUCAAGCUGUGGCUGGAGAUGCUGAUCAUCCGCCCGUCCUCCCAGUACGUCGUCUCGCUGGUCUUCGCCACCUACCUCCUCAAGCCCCUCUACCCAGAAUGCAGCGUUCCAGAGAGCGCCGCCAAGCUCAUCGCCUGCCUGUGUCUCACCCUGCUGACCUUCGUGAACUGCAUCAGCGUCAGAGCGGCCACCAAAGUGCAGGACCUCUUCACCGCCUCCAAGCUCAUCGCCCUCACCAUCAUCAUCAUCUUCGGCUUCAUCGAGAUCGCCCGAGGUGACAUCCCUUACCUGCAACCAGACACGGCGUUCCAAGGCAGCAAAAUGGGAGUGGGCAACGUGGUCUUGGCUCUUUACAGUGGACUGUUCGCCUUCGGAGGCUGGAAUUAUUUGAAUUAUGUGACGGAGGAAAUGAUUAAUCCAGAGAGAAACCUGCCGCUGUCCAUCAUCAUCUCAAUGCCCAUAGUGACGGUGGUGUACGUGCUGACCAACUUGGCCUACUUCACCACCAUAUCCCCACAAGUCAUGGUGGACUCAGAGGCUGUGGCUGUGACAUUUGGGGAGCACCACCUGGGAUUCAUGGCCUGGCUGAUCCCGGUUUUUGUGGGGCUGUCCUGCUUCGGCGCUGUGAAUGGGAGCCUGUUCACCUCCGCUCGGCUGUUCUACGCCGGCGCUAGAGAGGGUCAGCUCCCUGCGGCAUUGGGCCUGGUCCACACCGACCUCUUUACCCCCGUACCCUCCCUCAUCUUCACCUGCUUCCUGUCCAUGCUGUACGCCAGCUCCAAAGACAUCUUCUCUGUCAUAAACCUGUUCAGCUUCUUCACCUGGCUGUGCGUCGGCAUGGCGAUCGCCGGCAUGCUCUGGCUGCGCUGGAAAAAGCCUGAACUGAGGAGGCCCAUCAAGAUAUGGCUGCCCAUACCGAUCAUCUUUGUCUUGAGCUGCGUCUUCAUGAUCCUGGUGUCCUUCUGGGCGGCCCCUUUCGAGUGUCUGGUCGGAAGCACCAUCAUCCUGACGGGAAUUCCCUUCUACCUGCUGGGAUACAAGUGGAAGAAGCCGCACAUCGUGCGCAAAGUCCUGGAGAUUUUCACCAUGUUCUGUCAGAAGAUCUUCAUGUCUGUUCCGGAGGACCGUGAAGCCCCUUAGCGGCUGCAAAAGAGGGAAAGAAAGUGACAAAAAAAGAGUAUUUCAGUGUCCUAGGUUCAGUGACAUGUUUACAUUUUGUUCAUGUGAUGUCAGCCGGAGUACCAUCAUGAUUUUUUUUUUUUUACAGGGUUAACUGAAAAAUAGAGGAUGCAGAGGAAUUCAUUUUUAGCUCAGCCUUCUCAGUAGCCAAUUUGUUGUGUUCGUUAUUCUCUUUUGCCUAAGAAAAGGCUUCAAGAGUGGUCUAAGAGAACAUUAAACCCAGGCGAAGACUUUGGCUGGACAUGCCAAACGGUAAUUUAUCACUCUUGAAAGGGUUUGUUUUGUAUGCUGAAAAUGAAACCCAGGAAAGGUGUUUGGUUGGACAUGCAGUAACCAGCGUUAUUUAACCGCCUUAUAAGGACAAUUACAUUGUGUCCCCAGUGCUGUAUGUCCAAAUAAAAACUUUCCCUGGGGUUCAGUUUCAAGUUGUCAUGGACUUCUCCGGGGGGAAAAAACAAAGUAACACCAGCUGUCUCGGGAGCUAUGCAGAUACACAACUCCAACAGAGUAUGUCAAAUAUUCUGACGCUCCCAAAUUAUUUUAAAUUAUAGGCACUUAAAAUGGACACAGUUUAGGGCCAAAAGGGAUAUUCCUAUAGAUCUUUAUGCUGAGGUAC